UGAACACUGGUGUCGUCUAAUGUGGUUAUUUAUCCUCAUUCACAGACACUUUGCGGCUUUAUGUGACUUAAAACAGGCCGGCAGUCCCAGAAGAGGGAAAGUGUGCGUGACAAGCUCCUGCACGAGUGGCCGUAAGAAAGCCGGCUUAGCUUUGCCCGGCUGUCCCCCUCUCCUGCUCCGGCAUGGUUCGUAGCCCUGGGUUUAUCAUGUGUUACUAUUAAUAGCUACGAGAAGUCUCUAGAAGAAACGUUAAGUGGUACACGCCUCCGUUUUUUUUUAUUAAUAAAACACUCCUAUAUUUGGGGUAGCAGACACAUCGCUGUUCUUUUUGGAAAACGUCUUUUUUAAGUGAGAAAGACACAGGGGGAGUGGACGGUUGUUGAGGCUGUCAAGAAGACAAACUGCUCGACCGGGAGCCACUUGUCAUCCAGAGGCGUUUGCUUUCGUCAGGAGCCCAAACGGCACAUUAUUAUUAUUAUUUUAAUUAAUUUGAAUAUUUACCAUUAGGUUCCUGUCCGCAUAAUGCUCUUCAGGUUUGGCGUCAUUUUAACCCCGGAAAUUCGCGACACUCAGGUGUUCGUGGUGGGCUCGAGGCCGGAGAUGGGUCAGUGGGACGGCGAGAAGGCCGUGUUGAUGAAGCCGGCGCAGGCGGCCCUCUCAUCCCGCGAACCAGCACUGUGGAUCGGGGAAGUACUGCUACGGGAGCCCGUCACGGAGCCCUUCUGGUUCAAGUACGUCAAGCGCUGCGGCGGCACCCUCACCUGGGAAGGCAAUGGACCUCAUCAUGACAGAUGCUGCACUUACAAUGAGUGCAAUGUGGUGGACGGUGUUUACUGUCAUCCAAUUGGACACUGGAUUGAAAUGACAGGCUACACCAAUGAGAUGAAGCACACUACAGAUUUUUAUUUUAACAUCGCAGACUAUCAAGCCAUGCACUUUUCAAGGAUUCUGCCUAGAAUCUGGCUUGGUAGUUGCCCACGUCAGAUGGAACAUGUGACAAUAAAAAUGAAACAUGAGCUUGGAAUCACUGCCGUGAUGAAUUUUCAGACUGAAUGGGAUAUUGUGCAAAAUUCGUCUGGUUGUAGACGCAAAAAGACAGAACCCAUGUGUCCAGAGACCAUGAUGGAGUUAUACAAAGAUUAUGGCCUUGUUUAUGUGUGGAUUCCAACACCAGAUAUGAGUACAGAAGGUAGGACCCGAAUGCUACCUCAGGCUGUGUUCCUUCUUCAUGGGCUCCUAGAAAAUGGCCACACCAUCUAUGUUCACUGCAAUGCAGGUGUUGGCAGGUCAACAGCAGCAGUCUGUGGAUUCCUCAUGUAUAUCUUUGGAUGGAGCCUUAGAAAGACGCAGUAUUUCGUCUGUGCUAAGAGGCCAGCGGUUUAUAUUGAUGAGGAAGCCCUUAUUCACGCACAAGAUGACUUCUAUCAAAAGUUUGGCCACCUUCGUUCAUCUGUUAGCAUUGGUCCACAAGAUUAAAUGAAGAAGAGAACAACGUUGCAAGGCAUCUUAUCAUCAAAUAAAACCUAAUGCAAAGCAAAGGAAAAUUCAACUGGCUCUAUUGUCAUACCAUCCAUACUUAGUAUUGCAGCAUACAGCGGCACAAAAUAGCAUUUACCAGGUCCACGGUACAACAAAUAUAUAUAAAUGGAGGACAAGCACAAGACAG